UUUGAAGAUUCAUUUCACGUGUUGAGAUUAAAUUAAAAUGGGGUCCACGUCAGCUUUUAGUUCAACAGACAUCCUAGAUAGGGAAACAAACGUCAACCCAGGGGAGAUAACUGAUAGGACAACUGGAGCUGAUAUCCCAGAAUUCUACGAGAUAGAAAGAUGUCAGAAAUUCAUCCAGGACGGACAGUUUAAGCGAAUAGCUCUGCAGUUUCCUGAUGAGUUGCUAGGAGACAGCAGCUGUGUUGUUAAGGCUCUACAACCAAUGGUAGAUGGUAUGGUCUUUAUUCUUGGAGACACGUCUUACGGAAGUUGCUGUGUAGAUGAAGUAGCAGCCCAACAUUCAAACGCAGACUGCAUCAUCCAUUUUGGACGUUCGUGUUUGAGUCAAACAGUACGGUUACCAGUGCUUCACGUUUUUGGCAAGUUUCCACUCGAUGUCACAGACUGUUGUGAAAAAUUCCAAACAUUCGCAGACGUUAAUAGUCAUGUGAUCAUCUUGUUUGAAACAUCCUAUCUUCAUUGUGUCAGACAAAUUCACUCAAUUUUAUUGAAAUCACAUCCUAAUGUCGUUUUGUCUUAUUUGAACAUUCCUGAAAAUACAAAUCCUGUGAGCGAAGAUCUUUCAAAGGGAGACAACUGCGAAAAUAAGACCACAAUAAUCAGUCGUUGUAAUAGACAUUUUGUUUUGUUAGAGAAUACAAGCUUAGAGAAUUAUUCUGUGUUUUAUAUCGGCUGUGAAGGACAGACUUUGUCAAAUUUAAUCAUGAAUUUUAACCAGAAUCAGUUCUUCACCUACGAUCCAAUCACAAAAAUGGAUGAAAAACACGAAACGAACACUAACAGAGCGUUAAUGAAGCGAUAUUAUAUGAUAGAGCGAAUAAAAGAUGCAGACAUUGUUGGCAUCGUCAUAGGAACGCUGGGCGUCAACAAUUACUUAGAUGUCAUUCAUAGAAUCAAACAACUAUUAAAGAUGGCUGGAAAGAAAUUCUACACUUUCGUUGUUGGCAAAUUGAACACGGCCAAGCUUGGAAACUUUUUAGAAAUUGAUGCUUUUGUGUUGGUGUCCUGCUCUGAAAAUACUUUGGUGGAUUCGAAAGAAUUUUAUAAACCAAUUGUGACCCCUUUCGAGCUAGAAAUCGGGCUGAAUUCCAAUCGAGAAUGGUCAGUAGACUAUAGGACAGAUUUCCAUGAGAUUUUACCGGGAUCGGAGAAUUACUCAGAGAUCAAAGUCCUGGAUGAAGAGAUGGCAGAUGUGUCUCUUAUCACAAAUAAAGUUCGGACAUUAGGAAAGAGAAGUAACUCUAGAAGUAAUGUUACUGAUAUUCAAAUAGGGUCUGAUAAGUCUGUAGUUGCUCACACUGCUGCAGAGCACCUGUCAAACAGAUCAUGGCAAGGGCUGGAACAAGCUCUGGGAGAAACACCUGUGGAGAAGGCUGAGGAAGGCCAGACUGGUAUUGCAAUGAGUUACACAAGUGAACCCUCCAAAUGAUAGAAGAAUAUUUUUAAUAAUAAAGUUUUAAAUACAGU